AUGGCCUCAGGACAGACUCUUGGAUUCAUCGGAUGCGGUAACAUGGGAGGCGCCGUGCUUAAAGGCCUCCUAAACAGCGUAUUCUCAGCCACAAGCACUGACCCAACACCAAAUCCUAUAACUCGCUUUAUCGCCUGCACAAAAACAGCCAGUUCCGCAUCCCGUCUCGAAAAAACAAUUGCCCCCGAGCACCAACAACUAAUCAAAAUCGUCUCUGACCAAACCGUCCAAACAAUGCAAGAAGCCGACGUAAUCAUCCUCGGCUGCAAGCCCUUCAUGGCCGAAGCCGUUCUAAGAGAAGAAGGCGUCCGUGACGCCCUCGCUGGGAAACUCGUCAUCAGCAUGCUCGCAGGCCAAUCAUGCGAAACCCUAACCCGCCUCAUCAACCCAGAUCCCGGCGCUGCAGAUCAACCGCACCUCAUGAAAGCUAUCCCAAACAUGGGCGCGCAGUUCGGCCAGUCGAUGACGAUCAUCGAAACGCCGGCGCCGUCAAUCCCACCAGCCAUGGUUCUGGUUACGGAGUGGAUUUUCAAGCAUGUCGGUGCGGUUAAGUACCUAGGAGCUGAGCAGAUCGGGUUGGCGACUGUGCUUGUUGGCGCGACGAUGGCGACGUUGACGCUGCCGAUUGAGGGGUUGCUGGAUGGAUGUGUUGCGGAGGGGUUUAAGCGGGCGGAUGCGAUGGAGUUGGUUUUGCAGGGGAUCAGGGGAUUGUCUGCUGUGUUGGAGUCUGGACAGCAUCCAGCGGUUGUUAGGGAGAGUAUUUCCUCGCCGAGGGGGUGUACUAUUCAGACACUUUUGAGUCUUGAGAAGGCCGGGACGAGGUCAGAUUUUGCUGAGGCGAUUGUUAGAGGGAAUACACAUUUGAAGGAGAAGAUGUAG